UUGUUUGCCACGCGCCAUUAAACAUCAGAAGAAGAAGAAGAAGCAGAAGAACAACAACAAGAACAAGGACAAGAACAACAACAACUCACUGCGUGGUUUCAGAUCCGUUGUUUCAUUUGGAAGAUGAAGCACAACUCGAACGUCCCGGCUUUCCUCGCCAAGCUGUGGACGCUGGUCGAGGAUGCGGACACCAAUGAAUUAAUCUGCUGGAGUCAGGAGGGCAACAGCUUCCGAGUGUUGGACGAGCAGCGCUUUGCGAAGGAGAUUCUCCCCAAGUUCUUCAAGCACAACAACAUGGCCAGUUUCAUCAGGCAGCUCAACAUGUAUGGAUUCCGUAAGGUUAUUCACAUUGACACAGGCAUUGUGAAACAGGAGAGAGACGGUCCAGUGGCAUUUCAGCACCCCUACUUCAAACAUGGACAGGACGACCUGCUGGAGAACAUCAAGAGGAAGGUUUCUAAUGCUCGGCCAGAGGACAAUAAGAUUCGACAGGAUGACCUGACAAAAAUCUUGGAGAGUGUCCACAAUGUUCACAGCAAACAGGAGAACAUUGAUGCCAGGCUGGCAACACUCAAGAGGGAGAAUGAAGCUCUCUGGAGGGAGAUCUCAGAUCUGAGACAGAAACAUGCCCACCAACAACAGCUCAUUAAAAAGCUGAUACAUUUCAUCGUCACAUUAGUACAGAACAACCACAUCCUGAAUUUAAAGCGUAAGAGGCCAAUUCUUAUUAACAGCAAUGGAAAGAAGCCCAAAUAUAUUCAUCAGAUCUAUGAUGACAAAGUGUGUGUGGAACAGCCAUCUGUCAACAGCCUGAAUGGUGUGAAGGGCUCUGAGAUAUCGGAUGAUGUUAUCAUCUGUGACUUGACUGAGAAUGAUGCAGAGGUGAUGGCGGAGAUCACAGAGGGGUCACCUACAGCCUAUGAGGAAGGUGAUGUAGAAAUCGUGGAAGUAGAGCUGGACAGCUGUGCAGCGGAGACGGAGGUGAGCACCACCUGCACAGACAACAAACAGACAGAGGCUGGUGUGCCAGCAUCUUCAGAGGAUGCCCAGAGGAGCAGCAUUUUAGACAGCAGUUGCCCAACCAGCAGCGCCCUGCAGCUCAAUAAACCCUCAGGCCUCAGUCUGGAGGACCCCUUCAAGAUGAUGGACUCCAUACUGAACGAAAACGGAGCUAUAUCACAGAACAUCAACCUGCUUGGCAAGAUGGAGCUGAUGGACUAUCUGGACAGUAUUGACUGCACUCUGGAGGAUUUCCAGUCCAUGCUAUAUGGAAAGCAAUUUGGCAUUGAUUUUGAUGCCAUAGAGGAGACUGUGCCCUCCAAAGAGAACACUGCACAGCUGAACAGAGGCAGGACAGAAGAAGAAAACACCGAUAUGCAGUUAAUCCAGUACACCUCCUGCCCCCUGCUGGCCAUCCUUGAUGGCUGCACCCCUCCUCCAGAGUUGGACCCAGACAGUGGCAGCAGCAGCAGCUCCUCUGAUUUCUCCAUCACUCACCUUCAGCCCUCCUCCAGCUCCAGUGCUUCUGUGGAGGCUGGUCCCCCCUCAGAGCUGCUGGACACCAGCCUGGAGUCCAAACAGCCAGUCCGCAACUCUUUUGUCCGCCUGGAGCCUCUGACAGAAGCGGAGGCCAGCGAGGACACACUCUUUUACCUGUGUGAACUGACUCCUGUUGGAUUGGAGGUCGACUCCACCCAGCUGGACAGAGUGUGAGCAGACACUGAUGCCAGUCACACUGAUAUUGGUUCACUGUCUGUGCCCCUUCCAUCUUCCAGAUAAUGCUGACAUUGUGUGAUAAUAUUCCUCACCUCUCUGGCAUGACGUGUGUGUUUUCGUUGAGAAGCAGUAACCAAAGGGAAGGCAACACUAGGCUAGUGUAAGAACAACUGCAGUUUGUACCAUGUUACACAUUUUUACAUGCAAGACUAGAGUUUGAGAGAAAUGUUCACAUACAUUAAUAGUUUAAGAACCUCUGGAAAGUUAUCCUUUUACCCCUAACAGAUAUGAUUUGUAUCACUCAGUCAAAACAGAAGACAUGUAUGAAGGAUAAAUGUGUAUUAAGUUCUUAAAAGAUAAAAGGUGGAGAUAAAAGGUCUCCUAAUAUCCUUAGGUCACCAUUUUAACUUCUGUGUCAGCAAUAUUCCAGCUAAUUGUUGUCUGCAAAUCCAUGGUAACAUCUGGACCCAUUGACAGCACUAUAGUUUCAAUUAUAUCUCCCAUCAAGCAUGAUGGGAAUUGUAGAAACCUCUCGAAUCUCUAAUUAAAAACAUUACAAAACCAUGAAAUGUAGCUUUGUUCUAUAUAGUCAUUACAAUGGUAUAUGGUCUCAGAACAGCCACACUGGAAGGUGGAGUGAGAAGCCAGCCAUCAUUUUAAGGAGGAGGGGGGGGGUGAAUCUUGGGUGAAUGUUUCAGAAGGUUACUGAACUGGUUGGACACAGACCUCCUUAAUCCAACAUCCUAAGAGUGUGUGGGAAGCUGUGCAACCUUCCAACAAGCCUUUUAGAAGCAGAGUAAACUAUGCUCAAGGUUCAGAACAUUCCAUUUAUCAGUUUCUUGCAUCCCUGGAACACAUUCACUCUUGUCUCUCUAUUCGGAAACAGCCAUUUGUGUAAACAAGUUUGAAUUGUCAUAUAAACUGCCCUGAACAAUAUAUACUUUUACCGACAUGCAAAUCAAAUAGAUUUUUGAGAUGCCCUUCAUAUACUGAGAAUAAAUACUGUAUAUCAACAUGUUGAGCAACUGUUACAGCUCCUGAAAUAGAUUGAGAUCUGGGCAGAAACAGGAAUCUGAAGAUAAAUAAACUUUCCUGUCUGGAAAUGAAA